AUGAGUGCUGAAGCUUUGCAAGUUGCUAAGGUGUACCGCCACCUUCUCAGGGCUGUCAAGAAACACGUUGCCAAAGAAGACAGGGCGAGGCAUUUCAAAGAAUACGUAACUGAAGAAUUCAGGAACAACUGCAAACUGUCAGAUCCAUCUUCCAUUCAGCAGAAGAUUAAGCUUGCCCAUAACUACACUUUUCUUCUUAACAGUGUGCACCAUCACCAGGUACGGAUGACCUGUUGUUUCUCUUACAACAUUGCUGUGGAUAGAUCAGAUGAGAUGAAAAAGUACUUGGAAAAUCGGCUGCAAGUGUUGGGUCUUCAACUUCCUGAGAGAAAAGAAAAUCAACAACUUAUUUGGAUAGGUCAGCCACAUAGCAUACCUCGCCAGAGUAGAAGUAGCUUGACGGCUGACACGACCGACACGUGUACAACUUUUUACCGUUUGAUUCACCAUUGGUCAAGCAGGAAGAAGUUGAUGGGCACCACCAAUUGGCAUUGGCAGCUUCUUAGAGAGGAGCCCGAUCACAAUGCUGACGGGUAG